AUGGUAUUGGUAUUGGGUGUCUCUGGGUGUCACGCCGAAAAGACUCAGAGGAUCAGAAGCCCCGUUCUUACCCUCAACGCAUGGGCCUCAUCUGUGGAAUCUGGGACACACACAACGGCCUUGAUUGCUGAUCUCCAGCUCUUUGUCAUACUGAUCUGUGAACCUCUCGAGAGGACACCGUGCACACCUGCGCCCGCCGAUCAGACGCAUCGACUUGACCCGUGGCUGUCGCGCAACGCAAAUGAUUGCCAUUCCUCGUCGGAGCCAUGCCAUUUUUCAGUUCUUGCGCGGCAUCAGCAUUUCCCUUCUUCCGUUGACCAAUCAGACUCUGGUGGUGUUGUAUAUCCUCCUUUGAGUUCUGCGCACGGGCACAAGAGACGCUCCAGCGCGUACGCAUAUGGCUGUGCACUAGAUGCAUGGGUGGCACUGCACCUCCAGCAACGGGGGGUGAAGCUGCCGGCGUUUGAGACGAGAGGCCAAAGAGCAACGUCCAACGACAAAUACGAGUACGGCAGCUACGAACAAAACGACAGUGCCAGCGUCGUCCGCCGCCAGGCUGUGGCGGCGACACCGAGUUUGCCGACUCACGCACUGCCGACGAGACCGCACGGAAUGAAGCAGACGCUCAAUCUCAAAGUCUGA